AUGGUGUCCAGAAUUGCUAUCAGCGCUCUGAGAGCAGCUGCUCGCCCCAGAGCCUUCGUUGCUCUGCCUCAGAGCUAUAGCGCUCGGUCGAUGGCCACCAAUCCCCCUCCCUCGGAACGCGCGUCGGAACUCAUCGAGAAGCUUCCUUCAUCCCCCAACCUGAUCACCAAAACCGGCACUGCUCUUCUCGGUGUCGGUGCUGCUGCCGCGGCCAUUUCUUCGGAACUCUACGUCGUCAACGAAGAGACAAUCAUUCUCGUUGCCUCCGCCAUCGUGUUCACCUACAUCGCUAAGGUCAUUCGUGAGCCAUACACCGAGUGGGCCGACGGUCACGUCCAGCGCAUCAAGAAGAUUCUCAACGACGCUCGUGCCGAGCACACUGGUGCCGUUAAGGAGCGCAUUGAUUCCGUUGGACAAAUGAAGGAUGUCGUCUCUGUCACCGAGGCUCUCUUCGCUCUCUCCAAGGAGACUGCUAAGCUUGAGGCUGAGAACUUUGUUCAACACCAAAAGAUAACCAUGGCCGCCGAACUCAAGUCUGUUCUCGACAGCUGGGUCCGCUACGAGCAGCAAUUGAAAGAGAGCGAGCAGGCUGACCUCACUAAGACCGUCAUCGACAAGGUUGUUGCUGCCCUCAAGGAUGAGAAGACUCAAAAGGAUAUUUUGGCCAGCGCUGUCGCUGAGAUUGAGCAACUCGUCAAGAGCAAGGCUAUCUAA